CUCUGUCAUUCACAAUAUCCAUGAGUAGGGGAUGGAAAGUGGUCAUACCCCACUUGAUGGCUUCUUCUCAAAAUCUGCUCCACCAGAGCUUAUGAAUAUGGUAGGAGAUGGUAUCCCACCCAACCAGUUAGAUGCUCUAUCCAGUGACUUAACCAGCUUCAGCCGAGGUGGGCUGAUUCACAAACCUUCUAGUAAUGCCCUCUAGGAGGACUCAUUGCCAGCUGUCUCUCUACAGAUGACCAAAAAGCCAUCGCAAUGUCUCCACCUGGAAUGAUGCCCCCAAAACCACCAUCAGGUCCAGAGGAAACCAAUGCUGAUAUAAAACAUCAAUUAAGGAAGGAAAUUCGACAGUUUGGACGAAAAUAUGAAAAAAUCUUCAAAUUGCUUAAAGAAGUGCAAAGACCUCCAGAAGUAAGGAAACAACUUGUUGAAUUUGCCAUCAAGGAAGCAGCAAGAUUUAAAAGAGGGCACUUAAUCAAGCACCUCGAGAUAAUACUAGAAAAAAUAGAUUCUGACCAUUUUCUCAACAAAGACACUUGCAUUCCAAACAUAUAAUCCUGUUA